AUGGAUUCUUUUAGAGAUGUUAAUAUCCCUUUUGGUACUAGUUCUUUUCCAUUCUCGGAGAUAGAAAGUGAGAAUCAAAUCUCUUUUGAGGAAAUCAAAGUGAAAGGUGAAGAUCCAGAAGAGACUACCUUCAAGAAUCCACAAGAAAAUAUACAAAAGGAAAAACAGUACAUUGGAGUUAGAAAACGGCCAUGGGGAAAAUAUGCAGCUGAAAUUAGGGAUUCGACGAGAAAUGGAAUUAGGGUUUGGCUUGGAACUUUUGACACUGCUGAAGAAGCCGCAUUGGCUUAUGACCAAGCUGCACUCUCAAUGCGAGGUGAAUUUGCUUGUCUUAAUUUCCCAGUAGAAAGAGUUCAAGAAUCGCUACGAGAAUUCAAGUGUAGUGGCAAAGGCGGUUCAUCCCCAGUUAUAGCUAUAAAGGAGAAACACAAGAAGAGACAUAUAAGAGGUAAAAGAACACAAGCUCAGGAAGAAAGCGUGCUUGUUCUUGAAGACUUAGGACCAGAUCUAUUAGAUGAGCUCUUAUCUGAGUGUUCUACUUCUCAAUGA